AAGGAGAACUGCCUAGCCGAGGACGGACACAAGGCCUCCGUCUUCAGAGCCCCCGAAAGAAAGCGAGGGAGGACGAGAGACGACGAGAGGAAGGGAUGGGAAGGGAAGACAGCCCCCGGUUAUCACCGCCUUAAAUAAAGCCAACUCAACAGCGGAACGCCUCUUUGCACCGCACACCCUGACGGGAGCCUCAGCCUCUACGUACAGGCUGCGCCCGCAACGCGCCCCUGACACCGCCCCCUGCCGCGGGGCACGCUGGGAGAGCCGAGUUUCCCCCUCCCUCUAGUAAACGGGCGAGCAGAAGGGUAUUUCCGGUGUUAACGACUAUCUUUACGGAAGGGGUGGGGUCAAUCCUGUCCCGCCCUUCCUGGCCGGCGGGGCGAAGACUGACAUUCUUCGGCAAGCGCUAAGGCCCGCCCCUGCACCGGAAGGAGGAAGGCGGGGGAGUCGAACAGGCGUCAGGCGCGGGGUCACGUGUCUCAACUGCUGGUGAAGAGAAGAAAAGGGCGGGACCCCGGACGGAGGGGCGGGGUGCUCUCCUUUCCCUUGGGUCACGCGCGGCAGGAAGUGGUUCCCGAAACGGAGUAUUCGAGAUGGGGACCGCCCUGGACAUUAAGGUUAAAAGAGCGAACAAGGUUUAUCACGCCGGGGAAAUGCUCUCUGGGGUGGUGGUCGUAUCUGGGAAGGAUUCGGUCCAGCACCAGGGAGUCUCCUUGACAGUGGAAGGAACCGUGAACCUCCAACUCAGCGCCAAGAGUGUGGGUGUGUUCGAAGCAUUCUAUAAUUCUGUUAAGCCCAUCCAGAUUAUCAAUAGUACCAUCGAAAUGGUGAAACCAGGAAAAUUUCCCAGUGGCAAAACAGAAAUUCCUUUUGAAUUUCCUCUGCACGUGAAGGGUAACAGAGUUCUGUAUGAGACUUACCACGGCGUGUUUGUCAACAUUCAGUAUACCCUGCGCUGUGACAUGAGGCGGUCCCUGCUGGCCAAGGACUUGACCAAGACCUGUGAAUUCAUCGUUCACUCUGCUCCUCAGAAGGGGAAACUGACUCCGAGUCCCGUGGACUUCACUGUCACACCUGAAACCUUACAGAAUGUCAAAGAGAGAGCCUUGCUCCCCAAAUUUCUCAUCAGAGGACAUCUCAACUCGACCAACUGUGUUAUCACACAGCCGCUAACGGGAGAGCUGGUGGUGGAGAGCUCGGAGGCCGCCAUCAAAAGCAUCGAGCUGCAGCUGGUGCGCGUGGAGACCUGCGGCUGUGCAGAAGGGUACGCCCGCGAUGCCACAGAGAUUCAGAACAUUCAGAUCGCCGAUGGGGACGUGUGUCGGGGCCUCUCUGUCCCCAUAUACAUGGUCUUCCCCCGGCUCUUCACCUGCCCGACACUGGAGACCACCAACUUCAAAGUGGAGUUCGAGGUUAACAUCGUUGUGCUGCUUCACCCUGAGCACCUCAUCACAGAGAACUUCCCGCUGAAGCUCUGCAGGGUGUAGCCGGGAACAGGUGGAAAUGCAGCCGUGCCGACCUACGGGAGCCGAAGCCGGCGGCACCGAACUUGCUUUCUUGAUGGUUCUGUAUCAGAAAUGAGUCUGACCCUUCUUCCUCAUUCCCUCGAAGCCCCUCUAGUCAGAGCUUCCCUUUGAAAUUCGUCAGAAUUUCUUCAUGGCGUUGGCAAGAUUGUUUCCCAGACAGUAAAUUUCCUGUGACUCCUGA